UUGAACAUGGCGAACCUGAUGAGGUUGCCUUGUCGAGUGUCUUCGUCGUCACGGCAUUUUCGCGCUGUCACACGUUCGUACAAUUCGUGGUGCAGUGGCAGAGAAGUGAAAAAAUGGAGAAACAACGCUGGAUUAGUCGCGGCAGUUUCUAUCGCGUUCCUCGUCGGCUACAAAUACUCGAGACCUGACAUGGUUCAUGCCAAGGCUAGAAAGAAAGAAGAAGAGGGACAGAAGGCAGUAAAGCUGACGAUGAGGGAACGAAGAUUUAUAAAAUUUGCAUCGGUGGAAUACGACGGGCAACUGUAUAUGACGCCUCAGGACUUCCUGGACAGCGUUAUUGAGGCUGAACCCAGGCCGAGACUGAAGAGACGCGUGUUAACUGACAAGGAACUGGAGGUGAUGAGAAACAGCAUCCCUCCGCUGCGCCACGGAAGCCCACAUAUGUUCAGAAACCUUCGAGACAAAGGCAUCAUUUCUUACACGGAGUAUCUGUUCCUUUUAUCUAUCCUGAUCAAACCUAAAUCAGGCUUUCGUAUUGCGUUCAACAUGUUCGACACGGAUGGAAACGAACGCGUGGACAAGACCGAGUUUCUUGUGAUUCGACGAUUGCUCGGCGGCAGCCUGAUCUACCGGCAUCUCGACGAUGAGACUAAACAUACAAUGGAGAAAGUCUUCAGCCAUGCUUGGAGAGGACGACAUGGCACAGAGACCAAAGAAAAAUUAGAGCUCUUAACAGAAAGACAAACCACCCCCGAGGACAUACAAGUUCAAUACAUUGAUGAUGAACAGGGUCUUCAACGGCGACAUGCAGUUGACACAUCUCUGAUGGUACAUUUCUUUGGAAGAGACGGGAUCAACGAACUGAAAUAUGAAGAUUUCAAACAAUUCAUGGAAAAUCUACAGUACGAGGUUCUAGAACUUGAAUACCACGAAUUUAGCAAGGGUCGCGAAGCUAUUUCCGAAUUAGAUUUCGCGAAAAUUUUAUUGCGGUACACUCAUCUCGACACCGAAGAGUACGACAAAUAUUUAGAUAGGAUACUCAUAAACUCAGAACUUCAAAAGGGAAUCACGUUCGAUGAAUUCCGGCACUUUUAUCAAUUCUUGAACAACAUCGAUGAUUUCGCAAUAGCCAUGCGAAUGUACACUCUAGCGGAUCAUCCGAUAUCGAAAAGUGAGUUUCAACGUGCUGUGAAAAUCUGCACUGGAACCGUACUCAGCGAUCAUACUAUGGAUACCGUGUUUGCGCUUUUUGACGAGGACGGCGAUGGCCAGCUAUCGUACACGGAAUUCAUAGCAAUAAUGAAAGACCGUCUGCACAGAGGUUUCAAGUCUCAACAGCGACUCAAGCGUUUACGAGCAUUUACUUCCUGUAUAAAGCAAGAGAUGAAAUCGCGUUAAUAGAAUAAAAGAAGACAUCAGGUGUUGAACGAUAUAAGUGCCACUUGGACUUGUUUUUUUGAUAUCUUUUUGUAAUCUUUGGUUUGACUUUCGCUAGUACCAUUGUGAUACCUACUGCUACUACCUCUCUAUUGUAAAGUGUUCGUUUGAUUUAUAUUUUUAUAUUGUUUGUGUGCUGUGAUCAUUAUAUUAAGAUGUAACUAACGAUCAACUAGUCCUUUCAGGUAGCUGAGACUAUCAAUGCCACCAGCGUUACCGAUUGUAUUAAGUAUUAAUUGAAGUGUAUUAUUUUGUUAACGAUGUGAGAAAACAUAUUUGUCGAAUGUUAUACAGAGUGUAUUUAUCAUGAAAUAAUAAAGAUUCUGAAAUAAAA